AUGGAGCGUACUUAUAUCAUGGUUAAGCCCGAUGGCGUUGAGCGCGGUAUCGUUGGUGAAAUUAUCAAGCGUUUCGAACAACGUGGUUUCCAACUCACUGCUCUUGAGUUGAUCCACCCUACCAAGGAACUCCUCGAGGAACACUACUGUGACCUCAAGGGUAAGGGUUUCUUCCCUUCUUUGAUUGAAUACAUGUCCUCCGGCCCCGUUGUUGGUAUGGUUUGGACUGGUAAGGAUGCCGUCAAGACUGGUAGAAAGAUGCUCGGUGAGACCAACCCUUUGGCCUCUGCCCCUGGUACCAUCCGUGGCGAUUUCUGUAUUGAAGUUGGACGUAACAUCUGUCACGGUUCUGACUCUGUUGAGAACGCCGAGAAGGAAAUCGCUUUGUGGUUCCCCCGUGGUGUCAAGACUGUUGCUCGUAGCCACUCCAUCCACUCUUUGUUCUACGAAAACUAA